UGGUGCUGAUUGCUUGUGAAGCUGUUGUGUUCCUCUGUGCCAUGUCUUGGUGGGGCAAAGCACCUUGCUGUCACUGCCAUUCAGUCAGACAAAGCGUGUGUGCUGGCAUGUGUGUGAGUGUGUGUGUGUGUGUGUGUGUGUGUGUGUGUACACCAAGUCAGCUAGGUAUGAAUCAGAGGGAGCGAAUGAGGCCAAGGAGAGAGUGACUAAAAGAUUAUGACAUCAUAAAAUGAUUAGACACUCCAAACUGUUCGUCUAUGUCAGGCAAAUGCAACAGGCAGCAGCACCCCACCAAAAAAAAAAAAUACAAUGGACUUUAGCAGAAUGGAAUAAAAUAGAACAGGGUGGGAGUUGGUCUUGUUUCUUUUGUGGCAUGACAACAUGGGGAAAUGCCAGCUCUAAUGUGGAAAUCUAAUGGUGAAAACUCAAAGAAGCCCCAGCAGUUCACAAAUUGUCAGUCAACUCAGGCUUUUCAAAGUAGAAUGGAAAAGAAUACAAAUGCAUUGGUCAACCAUACAAAACAUCCAUGCCAAGGCAAAAAAAAAUGACACUUUGUGCUGGUCUUGCAAAGGAAAGGUAUGAAUAUUUUAUACACCUCUCUGACCACAUAAGUCUGUUAAAGAAAAAAGAGGGGGGAAAAGAAAAAAAAGUAAUAACAGCCUGUUCUUUUCACGGGAUGCUGGCAGACGGACUGGCAGAGCAGUGCAGUAAUGUGACUUCUCUAAAAGUGACCAGACACAUUCUGUCUUUACCCUAUAGUUCUGCUCAGGCAAUAAAUUUGUCACCCAACUGUUGACAUCGCUUGCAAUAUGCUGCACUCUGAAUGUGAUCACCACAUGCACUGUGAGCAAGAACAAGGCAGUGCACUUUCUUUUCCCUGCCCCUACAGAUGCACACACACACACACACACACACACACAUACACACACAAUGGUGGCCAACGAGUCAUAAAGUAAUAAAACUCUAUGGACCUCUGAUGAAAGCAACGAAGAGGGGGUUAGGGAAGAGGAGACUCGCAUGAAUAACAAUCAUUGCACUGAUGGGGGUGGCAGUGUGUGUGUGUGUGUGUGUGUGUGUGUGUGUGUGUGUGUGUGUGUGUGUGUGUGUGUGUGUGUGUGUGUGCGUGUGUGUGUGUAGGGGGAGGUAACAACUUCUCCCUCCUGCAUGAGUGAAAGCAAACUCACAACCUCUCUGUUGUCAUGCUCCUCCCCGCUGGAAUGGAAUCCACCAAAUCGCUGCUAAUUGAAUAAGUGACAAUGAGUAGGCAGACGAGGCGACAGAUGCUCGCGUGCCUUUACAACCAAAACCACCAGCGCCUCCGUGCACGCGCAUGCAAAACAUUCCUCUUGUCUCCAAACGAAACCGGGUACGGAGGUAGGUUUCACUGACCCCUCCACCUGCUGCGCCUAUUGACUUUGGGUGAUGGGUGUGAUGGGUGGAGGGGUUGAUGCUGGCAAGCUUGCCAUGAGUGUUUGCGACAGACGUUUGAUUCACAGUAUCACUUUAUGGCUACAAGGUCCCGGCACAGAGGCAAUAAUGAAGAGAGCUGCAUCAAGCCGCUGGGGGCUGUUUGUUUGUGCUGAUCACAUGCAUUUGAAGGGAGACACUGAUCAGGGCCUCAGAGCCGCCAGUGGAUCAAUAAAUUUAUCAUUGGGGAGCUGCAAGCAGCAGGAGUUAAAGAAAAACUUCGAAAAUCCGACAAACAGACUAUUCUUGCACCUGCUGCUGAGCAGGAAUAUUUUUAGCUUAAUUAUCGGUAUUCUUAAGCACAUGGAAGGCCAUGUUUAUUCAGCUCCUCUGGUUAUGUAGCGUGCCUAAAUGUAUUAAGUCUCCAUCUGCUUUUUACUUAGAUUAUACCCCCCUAUACAUUAAUUGUUUCAUUCUCUGCAGUGUUUAAGACCCCCGUUUACCCCCACCUCCUCCAACUCUCUCGCUUUCUUUUGCUCCUUUCUUCCAUAAACUCCGGAGCUGACUUUGUUCUUCAAAUGUGAUUAGCGUCUCUGGGACGCAGGAGUAAUUGCAUUACUGCAUUGUGAACAUUUGGAGCUAUGGAAAUGCUGCGCCCGUAUCGAACCUGUUUAAAUAAGCGCACUAUGGUGAAAGAUGUUCAAAAAGGAAGAAAAUGCAAACAUUUUGCAGACAUGGCUCAGGCAAUGAAUAGACACUGGGAGCAAGAAUAAAGGUUUUCCGCCAAUUCAAGGCGGCGGGUUUUGAAAAGGAGCUUCUGGUUGAUGUCCAUGCACGUUUGGAAUAUUUAAUAAGUUAUUGUUUUCAGGCAAAUGCGCGAAAAAGCUUUAGAAGCUGUGCAGAUGCGAUGAGUUAAACCGUUUAGCCCACACUGAAUGACCUGGUUCAAAUGGAUAACAUCUCCAACUCCUGAGAUGUUUUUAUUUUACAUUUCUCAUGCAGACAGUCAGUAGCAGCUGGUGGUAAAUUAUUCAUCAGUUUUGAAAUUCUGUAUCCAUCUAUGUCUUAUGGUCAAUUAUGGUCUCGGAAAAUGAUAGUGAUAACUGAGAAAAUAGUUUGCUAAUAGAUCAGCAAGAGAGGGACGUGUAUAUGGAAUUUUGCCCUAGCCCCACCAUCAUAUCUCAUCCUCAACUACUGCUGUAAUAUUUGUUUUAACUUUUAAUGAGGCUUUUAGGAUCCCGUUACAGAAAACACAGCUCACCAUUGAUUCAUUUUUUUAUUUAUUUUGUUUCUCUCUCCUGACUCGCCAGAAGUUCAUGCAAGCGCGCAGAGAGUGAAAGUGGAUCUGGAGAGGCUGUUUGAUACUUAACAAUCCCCCAUGACAACUAAUUUCCUCAGAGUUGUGUGAGGUUCGGUUCUUCGCUGGAACCUUGUUUGGUCGGCCGUAAUAGCCGGGUCCUGGUGCCAAACAAACCGCGCCAGAUGGUCUCCAGAAUGCACGGUCCCAGUUGUGCAUGUUCGUUAAAUCUCUCUCUCUCUCUCUCUCUCUCUCUCGCUCUCUCUCUCUCUCUCUCUCCCUCUCCCUCUCUCUCUCUCUCUCCUUCUUUCUCUCUCUCUCCCUUGCGCGUUUGCGCGCGCGCACCUCGGCUCUUUUUUAUCCCCUUACAUUUCUCUCGCUUCUCAGUGUGCGCUUGUGCGAGCGAAUCUAUAUUUUUUGUUUCUGGGAAAACAAAUAUUCCUGAAACUGCAGGGUUUUGAAUGCCCCUCCGACUGAGGAAAGUCCACCCUGCAGGGAGUUAAAAGUGUUGUUGAACAGAUUUGUGCACGAGGACAGAGCUGUUCUUCGGCGUGACCAACAAUUUAAAGGCAUUCAUUAGAGUUCGGCUCCUUUUCUGCGCAAUUCGCCACACAGUUUAUCCGGCUUAAACUCUCCCCCAUUGACAGCCGCAGAUAAAGCGCAUGUGAAGGAAAAUAUACUUUAUAAAGCACAAAACAUUUACCCUUAACUGUCUAGGGGGUGGUUGGGGGGGACAAAACAGUAGGCUAAUGAAUUCAAACACACAUAUGCCAAGGCAUGCAGUGCGCUAUCCUCAUGAGUGAAUUAGACAGUUGGUUAUUGUUUGGAUUAAGUGUUUCUAUGAAAGUUCUAUAUCGGUGCGUAACGCUGAUGAUCAAUGAGACUAUGUUUUAGUUCUGUCCAAGGAGAUUUAGACUCUUUGUGUCUCCAUCCAGUCUGGAGAGAACAGACCUGAAGCGAGCAACUCGUAAACCUUCCUGUGGUUUUAUAGGAGUGAAACACGACAGGGUAAGCUUGAAUGACUGUUUUCUUCUUGGGUUUAUUUCCCCCCCUGUCUGUUGUAGAGGCAUGGUCGUUACUCUGAAAAAGUAGGGAGAGUGAACCCCACAGGGCGGGGUUUUAUCCUUUACUUUUUUUUUCUUCCUCCCCUCUUGCACCUCCUUCUCUUCUCCUCUGGACUUUGAGUGGCCACCAGCCAGCUUUUGAUUUAAGAAGCGUUUGUCGUUCCCGGGAUGUGAAAAGGAGGCCGGGGCUGAUGCACAACUAGUUGGUUAGAGGCGGGAUAUUUUGGGCAAGUCUGAGUGCAGAGGCACCUCAAACGGAGAGAGGGAGCGGAAGAGAGCGCACGGCGCACAGACCAGACACAGUGAGGAGAGGGAGAAAGACGCACAGAUUUCAGCUGCUUCUCACCACACUGGAUGCGCGCAACAGAUCUACACGACAAGCGAGGACAUAUAGUAAAGAAAUUGGACGCUUUUUUUGUGGAAAACAGUGCAACUUUUAAGGGCGUUUUUGGUAAACAAUCGAAUGUUUGUAUUUUUUAAUCUUUUCGCUCCUUGAAGAAAGCGAUGCAGCUGCUGAUUGACGGAGCACAGCUCUUUAUAAGUUAAAGUCAGGACUGACCUGCACCUCUUUUUGGAGCUUUUUGGAUCUGUUUUCUUGCUACAAAAUUGCACGCAGGAAAAAUGAAGGGGUUGUUUCUUACAAGAAUGUGGAAAGUUUUGGCUGUUUUGGCGCUGGCUGCCCAACACGUCUCUGGUAAGACGUUAAAGUAUCAAAUAUAUGAAGAGCAGAAGGUUGGCACGGUAAUAGCCCGUUUGAGAGAUGAUGUGGCUGAUGUUCUGGCUAAACUUCCGAGCGGAGUGUCGCUCCGCUUCAGAGCAAUGCAAAGAGGGAGCUUGUCUUUCCUUACGGUCCGCGAGCAGGAUGGGGAAAUCAGCAUCAGGACCAAAAUUGACCGUGAGAAACUCUGCGAAAAGAAUCUCAAUUGCUCUAUUCAAUUCGAUGUGCUGACUCUCCCCACUGAGCACCUGCAGCUGUUUCACGUCGAGGUGGAAGUGUUGGACAUUAACGAUAACGCACCCCAGUUCGCUCGCGCCGUCAUUCCCAUUGAGAUCUCAGAGAGCGCGGCUGUGGGAGCGCGCAUUCCCCUGGACAGUGCCACAGACCCAGACGUCGGGGAAAACUCACUCUACACCUAUGCCUUAGAGCCCAACAAUUUCUUUAAGAUCGACAUUCAGUCCAGAACUGACGGUGCCAAAUACGCAGAGCUUGUGGUGCUCAGGGAGCUGGAUCGGGAGGUGCGCUCCGGUUAUGAACUUCAGUACACGGCCUCUGACAGGGGCGUUCCCCCGAGAACGGGUUCGACCCUCCUUAGAAUCAGUGUGGCUGACUCAAAUGACAACAGCCCAAUUUUUGACAAGUCGUCAUAUGUCAUUAAUCUCCCUGAAAAUUCACCUGUUGGCACUGUGCUUAUUGACUUAAACGCCACUGACGCAGAUGACGGCACCAACGCCAAAAUAGUCUACUCAUUCAGCAGUCACGUGUCCCCCAAAAUAAUGGAGACGUUCAAAAUCAACCCCGACAGCGGUCACCUGACUCUCAUCAGGCGUGUGGACUAUGAGACUGUUAACUCUUACGACAUUGAUGUUCAAGCACAGGACAUGGGUCCAAACUCCAUGCCAGCUCACUGCAAGAUCCUGGUCAAAGUGGUGGAUGUGAACGACAAUAAACCAGACAUCAGCAUCAACCUUAUGUCCUCUCAGGGGAACGGGGAUGCAGCAUACAUAUCUGAGGCUUCUCCUUUGGACACUUUUGUGGCUUUGGUGAGGGUGGAGGACUUGGACUCUGCGUUAAAUGGAGAAGUAGACUGUAAACUUCAUGGUCAAGGAUAUUUCAAACUGCAGAAGACAUAUGAGAACAACUACAUGAUUUUGACGAAUGUAUCUUUGGACCGAGAGAAGAGAUCAGAGUUCAGUCUGACAGUGGUGGCAGAAGACAAGGGGACCCCAAGUCUCUCUACUGUCAAACAUUUCACUGUGCAUGUAACUGAUGAGAAUGACAAUCCACCACGGUUUGAGAAAGGGCGAUAUGAGAUCUUCAAAUCAGAGAACAAUGCCCCUGGAGCAUAUCUGACCUCCAUCUUGGCCACAGACCCUGAUUUAGAUACCAAUGGACAGGUGAGCUACUCAAUCCUGGAGAACUCUGUCCACGGGAGCUCCAUUUCCACCUAUGUCACCAUUGAUCCUUCAAAUGGAGCCAUAUAUGCUCUGCGAACUUAUGAUCGUGAGGAUGUGAGUCGUAUCUCUUUUGUUGUGCAAGCCAAAGAUGCUGGAAAACCACCACUGCUCAGCAAUGCCACAGUUGUUCUGAAUAUUCUUGAUGAGAAUGACAAUCCGCCAGUUAUUGUGGUGCCCCAGCUCUGGAACUUCACCGCUGAUGUGCCUGCGUCAAAGUUUACUGGGGCCGGAGACUUGGUAACCAUGGUCAGGGCAACUGAUCGUGACACAGGGGUCAACGCUGAGCUAAUCUGCUCCAUUGUCAGUGGUAAUGAGGAAGGCUUCUUUCUUAUUGACCCAAGAACAUGUGAGAUUCAUGCCAAUGCCAGCCUGGAGAACUUCCCCCAUGAGCAUGCUGAGCUGACAGUAGUGGUCCGGGAUCAAGGACGGGAGAGCCUGAGUGCUAAGGCUGUGCUAAAACUCACCCUCUAUGAGAACAUGGAGAACCACGUACAGGUGAUGGACCAGGGUGAGUCUGCCCUUGAUGCACCCCUGAUUACCAUCAUCUCCCUGGGGGCUAUCUGUGCCGUGCUCCUGGUCAUCAUGGUGGUGUUUGCAGCUCACUGUAACCGGGAAAAGAAAGACAUUAGACACUCGUACAACUGCAGAGUGGCUGAAUCGACUCACCAGCACCACCCAAAGAAGCCCUCACGCCAAAUCCACAAAGGUGAUAUCACCCUAGUUCCCACAGUGAACGGCACCCUGCCAAUAAGAGCUCACCACAGAUCACCUUCAGCCACACCCCCCAUGGACCGGGCUCAGAUUGGGAGCCGGCAAACUCACCACAGCCGCCAGUCUCUGAACAGCCUAGUGACCAUCUCGUCCAAUCACAUUCCAGAGAGUUUUGCAUUGGAACUGGCACACGCUACUCCCCCAGUGGAGGUGAGCACACAUCUACACACACACACACACACAUAAUCACACAGAGAAACACACUCACAAGAUCCAAAUGUGCGUCCUCGCCCCCUUUGCAAAAAUUUUCUCUCUCAUUUUCUUUUAGUUACUCACACACGCGCACACACACACACACUCAUAAACACGACACACAUACCCACAGCACACACCAGCCCUCUCAUCUUCACACAGCUGUCUCCGUUUGAACAAAUUAACUCAUCUCCAUGUGUGACAGUGACUUAAUCAACACUGCCCCGUAGUUCAAACUGACUCUCAUUAAAACUCUUGAUGAUUAUAGAUGUGUCUUUGUCUUUACCUUGUUUACACCCUGUCAUCAUUACCUCCAUCAUAACUUCCACUCACCCCUCAGUCAUAUGUCUCCAUAUUCAUCUAGAACCCCCACUCCCUUUUUGUUUUUAACAUCAUCCAUUUUGUCUCAUCCAUUUUUAGCAGCCUUUCCAUCAUCCAUUUUGUGUUUACUCAUCCAUUAUUUUGUCUUCUGUGUUGUCUCUCUUUUUUUUCUGUCCUCAAUUUCCCAUCUGUUAUUCAUCCCCCCCUUUUUUUGUUUGUUUGUUUUAUUUUUGUUUUGUGUUUUUUUUUUUUUUUUCGUUAUUUUUGGAUGUAGCAAGUCUCACAGCUUCUGUCCAUGCUCCAUCAGGGCCAGUACCAGCCCAGACCCAGUUUCCGUGGCAACAAAUACUCCCGCAGCUACAGGUAAUUUACCCCUGUUCAGUCCCCCCCCCCCCCCCCCCCAAACCUCCCCUAAAAAAGAUUGCCUUUUGUUAUUUUUGAGACCACUUGUUAUUCAUUGUGUAUUACAUGUUGCAACGACCUGUUGUAAACUGUUGCCUGUCAGUUGGUCAGUUGUAUGUAGAUCAUGGUUUGAUGGCGUGUUAAUGUAUUUCUUUUUUCAUGUCCCAAUUGUUAUCAUACCAAGUCACUCAGUUCAAAAGUAUGCAGCUCAUUUGUCUAAAUGUCACAACAAUGUUCCUGGUAGUUCUCAAAAAAAAAAAAAAAAAAAAAAAAAGAGUUCAAGUUGUAUUGUGUGCAUAAAUAAUUACUUUCAUCAUGAUACCGCAUUAUAAUCUCAAAGAUGAUAGAUUUAUUGACGCCCCUAGUGGUUGUUGUGAUAGAUUUAUUGAUGGGAUCUACCUGCAUGUUGAAUUUAUGAGCUGUGACUUGUCUUGAGAUUUGACAGAUUCAAGAGGCAAUGUUAAGUUUUAUAUGAUGGAUUUAUACGUCAUUAGUCAUCUCUGAGGACAAAAUGUUUCAAACAGCCUGCAAAACAGAUUGCAGACCAUUUUGUGUCUCCACAAAUAGACCUCUCAGGUUUUUUUGUUUGUUUUUUUUGGCAGAUGCCCCAUCUCUGAUCGAUUGAUAAGUAUGUGAUUGUAAUCUUCUUCUAAACCUUUCUCUUAGGUAUGCAUUACAAGACAUGGACAAGUUCAGCCUGAAGGACAGUGGCCGUGGGGACAGCGAGGCGGGGGACAGUGACUGUGACAUGGGGCGAGAAUCUCCCGUGGACAGACUGCUGCUGGGGGAGGGCUUUUCUGAUCUAAUUCACUUUGAAAUGCACCAUCGACUCCACCCAGGUGAGCUCUUAGUGACAUAACAUAUUCCAGAAAUAACUUUUUACCCCUGAUUUUGCACUUCCUUGUAAAGGCUUCAUCAGCUGAAUUGGCCCUUUUCAGCUUACACCCCCUAAAGAGCCAACUCAAAAUCCACUGCCACCUCACUUUUGAAAGCCCACUCCUGCCAUAACUCAUCAUAUCUUGCAUAGGAUGUGAAGUCUCUCUUUUUUUUUUAAAGUUAUUUUUGCAGUUACUUUUACCAAAAAAAGGGGGUAAUUUUUUCGAACAGCUCAACUCUGCUUCUGACGCCACACUUACAUAGAUGAGCAGUGAUCUGACCCGGCCUAACCCAGCCCUCUAAUGUUGCUGCUGCCUGAAAAAAUUCAGCACCACGGACAGCACCAGUCCUAAGUCCAUUAUUUGUCCUUACACCUGUCUACACAGCCUCUCCAUUCACCCCCUUGCCAACACAAUCCCCAUUGUCCUCUGCCCCAUUCUUCCACACAGCCCUCAUUUCCACGCUCGUUAUCACACUGAGAGAGGUUACUGUGUGUUGGGAUGUUUGUGUAACUGUGUGUGGUUGUGCUUGUGUGUGUGUGUGUGUGCGUUAUCUGCCCCUAAGUUAGAGUCGUGUCUGUAAAAUCCUCCCUGGAGCAGAGAUGAGUCGCCUGUCACUCAUCGGUAUGCGUCUCAGUGUGCUGUUUUUUUCCCCCCUUCCUCCUUUUUCUUUUCUUUCUCUUUUUCCCCCUGUGGUGAGUGACAGUGGUGCGCUUUCAUGUCUGAACUGAGGAGAAUUCAUAGUAAUUGCUUUUAGAAUGAUGUUAUUCUCUCUCCCUCUCUUUCUCAUGCACAUACUCCGUCUUUCGCUCACUCUCUUUUUCAUGCCUGAGCUCCUCAGCAUCUCUUUUUUUUUCCUCUACCUGUUAAUGUAUUCUCUUUUUUCAUUGAGGUGGAUAAAGAGAGGGGCGGUAGUGGACAUGGACAGUCUGUAUAUCACUUUUUUUCUUUACUCUCUGAGAAAGACUUGGAGGUGUUGCACCCCUCCCCGCUCCCCCUCCUUCCCUGUAUCUUUUAUGCUAAUAUGAAAACAGGGGAGGGAAAAGAGAUAAUGGGCCGAAGGGGAGGAUUAUCCCUGUUUCUCUUCAAUAGAUUUAAUUUGUUUAGAUUUUUCUAUUUAGAUGGGCAAAUGUGGCUAUUCAUGCUGGAUAUGAUAGAACAAGCAAAUCCCUGCCUCGCCUGUGUAUUCGAGAGAUGUGGACAUGUUCAGCAGAGCAAAUAUUACAUUAACAUCAGCCUGUAAUGCUAUUUGGGUGGGUUGUUGCAAUUAUUAGUUCAUUAUCUAGUUCCCAUGACUGUUUUCAUCCCGUGCCCUACCUAGAUAUGGAUGCUGUUAGCGGUAAAUGUCACCGGUCUGCUCCCCCAAGCAGGAAUAUAAAGAGAUAGUGUUGGAAAAAUGAUCACAACAAGCUGAGCUGUGGUUUUGAUAUUAAUGAAAGACUAAAGCACCAUCACGUUUAAUAUUUAAUGGGUGUUGUACAUGGAGUAUUCAUACACUGACUGAAUAGGACAUGGUUUGUUUGAUGCACCAGCAAUCCCUGUCCUUGUUUCCAUGCUAUAAAAAAAAAAGUCUCCUUGACCUCCAGCUGCACUGUCUCCUCAAACAGAACACUACCUUUCCUCCAAUGAAAAGUCUUACCAUUUGUGGCUUGUGUUGUUGAGGUGUAUUGACAUUUUUUGCACCGUAACAACAAAUAUCUCCAACAAAGCCCCUCUCCCUGAGGAGGUUUGAACACCUCACUUGCAGGUUUUGCAGUCAGUCCCUGUUCUGUUAUUCUGUUUCAUUUAUAGUGCAUGUCAUACGUUCAUUUUUGUUUUUUUUCUGUAGCUUGACCUGCUCCUGACUUUUUGUUUCUUCUCUGUUUUUAGCUAUGAGAUUGUGCACAGAUGAAUGUCGCGUCCUGGGACACUCUGACCAGUGCUGGAUGCCCCCCCUCUCCUCACCAGCUUCUUCCUCUGACUACCGCAACAACAUGUACAUCCCUGGGGAGGAGUCCACACAGCAGCCCCAGGUGACUGAUGAUGACCAGUCCUCUGUUGACUCGGAGCGCCGCAAGAGCUUCUCCACUUUUGGCAAAGAGAGUGGGAGUGAAGAGGCCGGGGCUGGGGGAGUAGUUGCGGGAGGAAGUGAUGUUUGUGUCGCUGGAGGAGGGGCUGGCUCUCUCCUCACAGAGAUGAACUCUGUGUUUCAGCGCCUCCUCCCCCCCAAUAUGGACACAUACACAGAGUGCACUGAAACAAGCCCACCCUCAUCUUCAUCAACCACUGAGAGGGGAAGUGGGCGCACUGGAAACAUUGCUGGUAACCAUAGUAACAAUGCUGCUCCUCAGGACAAUCGAAGAGGUUUGUUGCCAGGUGGGAAGGGUCCUGCUUACCCCCCAGGUGUGGCUGCAUGGGCAGCCAACACCCACUAUCUAAAUCCUGGAAACGGAUCGUCGGCAGCCAAUCACGCGUCCCCUUCUCCUUCCUCUACUCCACCAUCCACCUCCACUACCACCUCCACCAAUGGACAGCCACCACACCUCAAAUGGCUGCCAGCCAUGGAGGAAAUCCCAGAGAACUAUGAGGAGGAUGACUUCGAUGGUGUCUUCCAUCAGGGUCACCCGGGUUCCAAACGCAGCGAGAGCCGCCAGGAGGCCAACAUGGACGCCAGUGAACUGGUUCAUGAGAUCAACAAACUGCUGCAGGAUGUCAGACAGAACUAAAGAGGGAUAAAAAAACAAACAAGGCAUAGCAUGGGUUCACAUUUCACACCGUUCUGGAAACUGCUUAUUCUUUGUGCCAACAUAUAUAAACUUUAUGAAGACGGUUCCUUGUUCACUGUAAUGCUUGUAUAUUUUACCAAAUAUCGUCUUUUUCUGCUCAGUGUUGAGAGAGUCAGAGGGAGAAAAACAGUGCACUGAAGUUGUGAUUGAGGUGACUUAAAGGCAUCAAAGUGAGAGCUGGAAGAACAGAUUGCUCACUUGUUAUUACCGACUCACUGGAAGAUGUUUGAAUGAGUGAUUCCAAAAGGAAAUCCACCAACAAAAACUGUAUUCCUUUCUUCAUCUGUAAUGUUUACAGCAGCGUGAACAGACUCCACAGGGAGAAACCAACAGUUGUGUGAUCUAAUUCCUGCUUUUACAGUGUACAAUAUUGUACAGUGUCUGUGGAAAAAGGCAAACUCACUUGAAUAUUGUGCUCUGUCUCCUGUUUUGUUAAAAUGGAAUGUAACUGUACAAUUUGACCUUUGUAUUUUAAAAAUACACUCUUUUUUACUUCUAUAUAUUUAUAUGUGUCCAUGUAUGUUUGUACAGGAAAAGAAAAGAAAUGUCUAUUUUUUAUAUUUGUCACUGCAUGUCUUAAUAUCACUAAAUGUGUCUUUUUUUCCUCUGCCCACUUUAUUUUAUAAGACAGUUGUAUUUAAUUUGUUAUUAAAUGUGUGUGUGUAUAAAAAAUGAUCACAUUCCAACGCGGUUCCAUGUUGGAAGUUGAUUUUGUAUGGUGACAUUGUGACCAUUGGAUGGUAAAUAAAGGUGGAAGGAUUCAUAAGUAGG